GCGCACAAGGAGAUGAUUGAGCUGCAGAAAGCCUUUAUGGAAGUGAACCAGUACUCCCACGGGAUGUACUCUCCAUCUCUUACAUGCCUAGUAGUGCAGACGAAUUCGAAUUACCGCAUUGUGCCACGAAGAAUCGACUCGCAAGCUCGUCCUUUGGAUCAGAACGUUCCAUGUGGGACAGUGGUUGAAGAUGCUACCCAUCCGGCAUAUAACGAAUUUUUAAUUGUGCCACAAAAAGCGAUAAAAGGAACUGCCCGUGCACUUCGGUGCACCUUAGUUACGCACAGUAAAGGAAAAUCGGGACAGCUGCUUUCGCUUGAUGAACUGGAGCAAAUCACCAACAUUCUGUGCUAUGGGCAUCAGGUAAUUUAG